AGAUUCUCAGGUUGAUGCAGUGUUCCCUCCCACAACUCUGACAUGUAUAUAAAUUCAGAGCUCUGCAAAGCCCACUGCCAGUUCUCUUCGGGGACUAACUGCAACGGAGAGACUCAAGAUGAUUCCCUUCUUACCCAUGUUUUCUCUUCUAUUGCUGCUUGUUGUUAACCCUGCAAAUGCCAACAGUCAUUAUGACAAGAUCUUGACUCAUAGUCGUAUCAGGGGUCGGGAACAAGGCCCGAAUGUCUGUGCCCUUCAACAGAUUUUGGGCACCAAAAAGAAAUACUUCAGCACUUGUAAGAACUGGUAUAAAAAGUCCAUCUGUGGACAGAAAGCGACUGUGUUGUAUGAAUGUUGCCCUGGUUAUAUGAGAAUGGAAGGAAUGAAAGGCUGCCCAGCAGUUUUGCCCAUUGACCAUGUUUACGGCACUCUGGGUAUCGUGGGAGCCACCACAACGCAGAGCUAUUCUGAUGCCUCAAAACUGAGGGAGGAGAUUGAGGGAAAGGGAUCCUUCACUUACUUCGCACCGAGUAAUGAGGCUUGGGACAACUUGGAUUCUGAUAUCCGUAGAGGUUUGGAGAGCAACGUGAAUGUUGAAUUACUGAAUGCUUUACAUAGCCACAUGAUUAAUAAGAGAAUGUUGACCAAGGACUUAAAAAAUGGCAUGAUUAUUCCUUCAAUGUAUAACAAUUUGGGGCUUUUCAUUAACCAUUAUCCUAAUGGGGUUGUCACUGUUAAUUGUGCUCGAAUUAUCCAUGGGAACCAGAUUGCAACAAAUGGUGUGGUCCAUGUCAUUGACCGUGUCCUUACACAAAUUGGUACCUCAAUUCAAGACUUCAUUGAAGCAGAAGAUGACCUUUCAUCUUUUAGAGCAGCUGCCAUCACAUCGGACAUAUUGGAGGCCCUUGGAAGAGAUGGUCACUUCACACUCUUUGCUCCCACCAAUGAGGCUUUUGAGAAACUCCCACGAGGUGUCCUAGAAAGGAUCAUGGGAGACAAAGUGGCUUCUGAAGCUCUUAUGAAGUAUCACAUCUUAAAUACUCUCCAGUGUUCUGAGUCUAUUAUGGGAGGAGCCGUCUUUGAGACGCUGGAAGGAAAUACAAUUGAGAUAGGAUGUGACGGUGACAGCAUAACAGUAAAUGGAAUCAAAAUGGUGAACAAAAAGGAUAUUGUGACAAAUAAUGGUGUGAUCCAUUUGAUUGAUCAGGUCCUAAUUCCUGAUUCUGCCAAACAAGUUACUGAGCUGGCUGGAAAACAGCAAACCACUUUCACGGAUCUUGUGGCCCAAUUAGGCUUGGCAUCGGCUCUGAGGCCAGAUGGAGAAUACACUUUGCUGGCACCUGUGAAUAAUGCAUUUUCUGAUGAUACUCUGAGCAUGGAUCAGCGCCUUCUUAAAUUAAUUUUGCAGAAUCACAUAUUGAAAGUAAAAGUUGGCCUUAAUGAGCUUUACAAUGGACAAAUACUGGAAACCAUUGGAGGCAAACAGCUCAGAGUCUUCGUAUAUCGUACAGCUGUCUGCAUUGAAAAUUCAUGCAUGGAGAGAGGGAGUAAGCAAGGGAGAAAUGGUGCUAUUCACAUAUUCCGCGAGAUCAUCCAGCCAGCAGAGAAAUCCCUCCAUGAAAAGUUAAAACAAGAUAAGCGCUUUAGCACCUUCCUCAGCCUACUCGAAGCUGCAGACUUGAAAGAGCUCCUGACACAACCUGGAGACUGGACGUUAUUUGUGCCAACCAAUGAUGCUUUUAAGGGAAUGACUAGUGAAGAAAAAGAAAUUCUGAUACGGGACAAAAAUGCUCUUCAAAACAUCAUUCUUUAUCACCUGACACCAGGAGUUUUCAUUGGAAAAGGAUUUGAACCUGGCGUUACUAACAUUUUAAAGACCACACAAGGAAGCAAAAUCUUUCUGAAAGAAGUAAAUGACACACUUCUGGUGAAUGAACUGAAAUCAAAAGAAUCUGACAUCAUGACAACAAAUGGUGUAAUUCAUGUUGUAGAUAAACUCCUCUAUCCAGCAGAUGCACCUGUUGGAAAUGAUCAACUGCUGGAAAUACUUAAUAAAUUAAUCAAAUACAUCCAAAUUAAGUUUGUUCGUGGUAGCACCUUCAAAGAAAUCCCCGUGACUGUCUAUACAACUAAAAUUAUAACCAAAGUUGUGGAACCAAAAAUUAAAGUGAUUGAAGGCAGUCUUCAGCCUAUUAUCAAAACUGAAGGACCCACAAUAACAAAAGUCAAAAUUGAAGGUGAACCUGAAUUCAGACUGAUAAAAGAAGGUGAAACAAUAACUGAAGUGAUCCAUGGAGAGCCAAUUAUUAAAAAAUACACCAAAAUCAUUGAUGGAGUGCCUGUGGAAAUAACUGAAAAAGAGACACGAGAAGAACGAAUCAUUACAGGUCCUGAAAUAAAAUACACUAGGAUUUCUACUGGAGGCGGAGAAACAGAAGAAACACUGAAGAAAUUGUUCCAAGAAGAGGUCACCAAGGUCACCAAAUUCAUUGAAGGUGGUGAUGGUCAUUUACUUGAAGAUGAAGAAAUUAAAAGACUGCUUCAGGGAGACACACCUGUGAGGAAGUUACAAGCCAACAAAAAAAUUCAAGGAUCUAGAAGACGAUCAAGGGAAGGUCGUUCUCAGUGAAAAUCCAAAAACCAGACAAAAAUGUUUAUACAACCCUAAAUCAACCUGUCCUUAGAAAAUUGUGAGAGCCAAGCUGACUUCAGGAACUGAAGCAUCAGCACAAAGAACCAAACAUCAAAUAAUUCUGAACACAAAUUUUAUAUUUUUUUUCGGAAUGAGAAAUGAGAGAAAUUGUGGAGUUAGCCUCCUGUGGUAAAGGAAUAUGAAGAAAAUAUAACACCUUACAUGCUUUUUCAACUUAAAAGUUCUGGCUGACUUUGGAAUCCAUCAGAGAAAAAUGCUUGUCACCAGAUUCAUUACAAUUCAAAUCGAAGAGUUGUGAACUGUUAUCCCAUUGAAAAGACCGAGCCUUGUAUGUAUGUUAUGGAUACAUAAAAUGUAUGCAAGCAGUUAUCUCUCCAUGGGAAGCUAAGUUAUAAAAAUAGGUGCUUGGUGUACAACAAAACUUUUUACAUCAAAAAGGCUUUGCACAUUUCUAUAUGAGUGGGUUUACUGGUAAAUUAUGUUAUUUUUUACAACUAAUUUUGUACUCUCAGAAUGUUUGUCAUAUGCUUCUUGCAAUGUAUAUUUUUUAAUCUCAAAUGUUUCAAUAAAACCAUUUUUCAGGUAUAAAGAGAAUUACUUCAAAUUGAGUAAUUCAGAAAAACUCAAGAUUUAAGUUAAAAAGUGGUUUGGACUUGGGAACAGGACUUUAUACCUCUUUUACUGUAACAAGUAUUCAUUAAAGGAAAGUGAAUGAAA